AUGGUCGCGGAGCGAAUGAAUAACCCCAAAAAUCCGGUCGUCUUCUUCGACAUUACCAUUGGUGGUCAGGAGAUCGGCCGCAUCCAGUUUGAGCUGUUUGCGGAUGUGGUUCCAAAGACAGCCGAAAACUUUAGGUUGGUUCCAAUUCCCCACAUUGCUGCCUAUUUGAAUAGCUCUUGAUGCAAUUAAUUAGCCAACCACUGAAUCUCACGACCAGGCCGAGUUUAUAUGAUUUGACCUCUUUGGUGAAAAUGGACACGACUGUGUUUCGUUUUCAUGUAGAUCUGAGACCUAAUCGUCCAUAUUUCGGCUGGUCUGGUUCAAGUGUAAACUCAGAUUUCGACUCAGUUGAGUGUGGAGAAGAUCAGCUGUCAAUCUCUUCUGACUAUAUUACUUUCUACUUAGUAGGCUGGAUGUCGGGAGUUUUGCCGACUUUUAUCAGGUUUCUACUUUUUAACGGACUCCUUUCCGGUGAUGCAUGCGGACAUAGAGCUGGUAGAUUCGUCUAGGAUUCCUAACUCUUUUAAAACCUUAUUUACAUCUAGGCAACUCUGCACCGGCGAAUAUCGCAAGGACGGCGUUCCAACAGGCUACAAGGGUUCCACAUUCCAUCGAAUUAUCAAGGACUUCAUGGUACAAGGCGGUGACUUUGUCAACGUAAGCCACUUCCAUGUGUCGCAUUUUGCAUAG